CUUUAAUUGAUCUUGGAGUCUCAUUCGUGUUAGCCCGCCACGAGGGAUCGGACUGGCCUUUCUCUCUCAGCCAUCGGGGCUGUUUUCUCAAUUUCUGAGAUCCAGCACACCGCAUAUGAGGGCAGCCUCCCCUCGGCAUUUGGAUAUUGACAACAUUUCGUAUCACACUUGGCCAGCCAACAUCCCAUUGGAAUUAGAUCGACCUACGGGUAACAGGCAUCACAAUCAUCUGCAAAAGCCGACAAUGACUGUUUCGUAAAUGUUUGUCAUCCUCAGGGAGACGUCAAUCAACAUUAGAAAGUGCAAUGAUCAUCGGUCAUCCACGAGUCUUUGUCCACCUCCUUCCUCAAGAGCAACGAUCAGGCGCCUGGUGCCAUGGAGGAUGAAGAUGGAAGAUCGAGAGGUUGAGGGCAUUGAUAGCACCAGUAAAUCUUUGUCACAGCCGUUGGCUUCAGCGCGAUCCUACCUUCUCGUCCUCCAUAAAAUUUCCUCGAACUUUUCUUGGCAUUUGAUGCCGAUGUCCCAAGUCUCUCCCUGAGUCCCUGGCUGCUGUAGUAUUGAUCUUUGAAUCAGUUAUCC